UCAGCCAAUCAGAAUGUAGGGCUGAUAAGCCGUGUUGCUAUCCGCCAUUUUGUCCGUCAAACUGACCAGAGUCCGUCAUAUACAUGCGCUGGCAAUUCCUCGCCUUUUUAAGUAUUAUGGUAAAAAGGUGUUGUCAUGGCACUUGUAAUUCGGAUACAAGGUAGCCAGGCCGACUAAAGAUGGCUUACAAUUCGUUCUGUAUUCGAAACCAGUGAGUUAUUUAGAAAAAUGCAAGUGCUGUAUCAGACUCUGUGGAAGACCUCAUCAACAGCUGAACUUGGAAAUUUUGAAAGAUCGUUCAAAGGCGAAACAUCUAUACGUCUCACUUUGUCGACGGGAAAUCCAAUCAAGAAAACACUGACCCUCAAGCAGCUACUGUAUUUGACCAGCUCACACCAGCUAGACCUCCUCCAAAACUCAGAUAAAUAUUUGAGCCACCAAAACAAAACGAGAACAGAUCGGUCUGAAUCGUUAAGAACUGAAGCUAACAUCAUAGAGGUACAUCCUUCCAAGAAUCCAUCAAAACAACAUGCUGAACAACUUCAAGAACUCUCUUCAAAAGACCACACUUUCCUGAAAUAAAUAAAAGAUGCCAAUAUUAAAAUAAAUCAGUUACAUGUAUUGUUAAAUAUUUUAAUACUAGCUGUAAAUGCUACUGCCUUUGAUGUUUGCUUUCUACAUGUAUAUCAUAAUGAAAUAUUGACAAGAUACUAGCUAAUGUUUUGUGGUUGUUGUUUUUCUCUGGACAAAUAGUCCAUUACUUUUGUACAGCAAAGUAAAAACUAAAUGUUAUAAAAAGCU